CUGAAUUUGGUUUGUGUUUCGGAAAACGUAACACUCAUAUGUAUCAGCAAUUAUAUUAAAGUCAAUGUUUUAAAUAUAUAUUUCUACAAGUAAUAAGUGUUGAACAUAAUGAUUUGGACAGUGAAUUUAAUUUUUAUAUCAAUUUUAUUUAUUGGAGUUUCUAGUAUAGAAAACUGUCCAGACUGCAUCAAAUUUAACUCGUGUCGCUAUUCAAGCUCACUGUUUGAUCCCGAAACCAAAACAAUAACCGAAAAGGGAAAACGACUCUUCAAAAUAGCAACAUGUGAUCGUCUGAACAACAAGGUUUGCUGUUCGUUGCUAAAUCCGCACAAAAAAAGGAGACAAGGGAAAGAUCGAAGGAUUCAAAAGUAUUUAGAUUUACCAAAACCUUGUGGGGUAAUUGAUGACAGUACACAGGCUAGAGUUGUGGGCUCAGACAUAGCGAAUCUGUAUGAAUUUCCCUGGAUGGCUGCCAUAGCGGUCAAAGGGAACCAUGAUAAUAUUAUAUAUAUUUGCUCUGGGACAAUUAUCGACACUACACAUAUUCUCACAGCUGCUCAUUGCGUCACAGACCAGAAUAUAGUUCAUAUUCGUGUUGGAGAUUAUGAUCUUACACAACAAGAGGAUUGUCAAGAGAUAAUGGGAAAUUUUGUAUGUGAGAAUUACGUGCAGGAUUUAUUUGUUGAGAAAUCAUUUGUGCAUGAAAUGUAUGAUGGAAAGUUUCACGACAUAGCUUUGAUAAAAUUGAAGACAAAAAUUGAUUUUAAUCACAAAAACGUGGCUCCUAUUUGCUUACCAAUAUAUGCAUAUCUUCGCAGAAAGGCUCUGUUGGGUCACAAUGGAAUCGUUGCUGGUUGGGGUGUAACGGAAACAUUUUUUAGAUCAUCUAUUCUACGGAAAGUAUCUGUUCCAGUGCAGCAUCCCGAAAUUUGUGAUGUUUUUACCCGAUCACAGAACAUCAUAUGUGCUGGUGACGUGAAGAAGGACUCCUGCAGUGGAGACUCAGGAGGUCCCCUCAUGUUUAUAGAAACAUAUGAAAAUGAAAUUAGAUAUGUUCAGCAUGGCAUUGUAUCCAGGGGACCAAAUAUGUGCGGCUUAGUAAGAGCUGGAAUUUAUACUGAUGUUGCUAAAUACAUGGAUUGGAUUUUAGCAAAAAUUAAUAAAUAAUUAUUUUUUUUACUAAAGCUGUUGUUUUAAACUUAUUAAAGUUCAGUCAAUAAAUCA